AUGUUGAUGAACAAGACAUUUUCCACAUGGAGGUUAUGCUUGGCAAAUAGUUGCAAAUUUUCAACUACUCGGCAUGUUCUAGAACGGGAGAAAUAUUAUAAGCCGACAAUAUAUGCUUUAUCGACGGCUCCGGGAAAGGCUGCUGUGGCAAUUAUUAGAAUAUCAGGGCCUGCAUCAACAUACAUUUUUAGGAAGCUAACAGGUUCCAGUUCACCACCACAAGCUCGUCUUGCAACUGUCAGAAAGCUUUUUGAUCCAAAAUCUUUGGAGCAAGGUCGAAAAAAGCUUAUUGAUGAAUCACUCUGCCUGUUUUUCAAGGGACCACAUUCAUAUAGUGGUGAGGAUUUACUGGAGGUUCAAUGUCACGGGGGACGGGCUGUGAUAAAUGCUAUAAUGAAGGCAGUUUCAUCCUUACAUACUGAAUACAUGCCAAUACGCUAUGCGGAAAGAGGUGAAUUUUCAAAGAGAGGAUUUCAGAAUGGACGGUUUGAUCUUACAGAAGCCGAGGGAAUCAACGAAUUGGUGAAUGCAGAGACAGAAGUCCAAAGGCUUUCAGUUUUGUCAUCUACAAAUGGUGAUACCAGAAAGUUAUUUAACAGCUGGAGGAAGCGGAUUCUUCAUAAUGUGGCACUUUUGACCACCGUCAUUGACUUCGGUGAAGACCACGAAAUUGAUGAGGUUAAUCAUCUUUUCGACAAAGUGGCAAGUAGUAUUGUUGAGUUGGAGAAAGAGGUGCAGACUUAUUUAAAAAAGACACAAAAGUCACAGAUAUUAAUGGACGGCAUUAAGAUGACGCUAUCUGGUCCUCCAAAUGCUGGAAAAUCCUCGAUUUUAAAUAUUCUUGCGGAUGAUGAAAAGGCAAUUGUGAGCAGCAUUGCUGGAACGACAAGAGAUGCCAUAGAUAUACCGCUAGCAAUAAAUGGCUACAAAGUUAUUCUUGGAGAUACUGCUGGAAUAAGAAAUGCGACCAACGAAAUUGAGCAGGAGGGUAUUAAAAGGGCACGCAGAAGAACCAAAAUUGCAGACUUGAACUUAGUGAUAUUGCCAGCUGAUGAGUCUGAUUUAUUAGACAGCGUCUUUAUGAAACACAUUUCAACCAUACGGGAACAACAAAGUAAAGAACUGUUGAUUAUAGUCAACAAGAGCGAUUUAAUGCCCUCGUUGAAACAGAGAGAAAUUCUAAUAGAUAUGCUCAGUGAUAAACUUGCUGUGAAGAAGGAUAAAUUCAUGUUUAUUAGCUGCAAGACAAAGGAAGGCAUACAGGAACUUGUAAAUACAUUGACCAGCAAAUUCAGGCAUAUAACAUGGACCGACAGGAAUGAAAGUCCAGUUGUGAUUUCAAAGAGAGCAAGAGAUAUCCUAGAAAAGAGUGUUCUUCAAGGAUUUAAAGACUUCAAGAUUUCAAAAGAUGCUGAUGAUAUAGUUUUGGCUACUGAGGGCUUGAGAUUUAGUAUGGAAGGAAUUGGAAAGAUAACUGGACAGGCCAUUGGGGUCGAGGAGAUAUUAAGUACAGUGUUCUCUGAAUUUUGCAUUGGAAAGUGA